AUGGUGCACACUCUGACGGUCCGGGAUAAGCUAGAUGCGUUUAUCGGCUGGUUUUCAGUUGUCGCGGAGGCACUAUAUGCUGCAGCCACUGGGUUCUUCCGAGGCCCAUCAGGGGCAAAUACUUAUCAUCAUCAUUUGAUCCAAGCUGUGGUCAAGAAGCUUACGAGGAGAUUCAGUCCGCUGCAACUGCAAUAUAUGUUUAAGUCUUAUGACCAACUCUACUUGCAUUACUGCCAAAAGAAUGGCCUCAAGCCCCAUUUCGUCUCGAAUAGCCGCGGGCUGAAGGGCUUCUGGAUCGGCAGUCCGUCCGCGAAAUAUAUCGUCAUCAAUUUCCACGGUGGUGGUUUCGCCAUGGAUGCGACAGCUCCCUACCUUGAUUUCUGGCCGCGGAUACAGAAGAGUCUCGCAAAUUCUGAAGCCGUUGAAGCUCUACGGUAUAUUCUAGAGGAUGUUGGGCGCUCACCGGCGCAAAUCCUACUAGCUGGAGAUUCGGCUGGCGCGAAUUUGUGCUUGGCAAUACUGUCUCACUUGACGCAUCCCUCCGAAGACGUGCCGGAGUUAAUCCUCAACGAACCUAUUAGAGGCGUUAUUCUCAUGUCUCCAUGGGUCUCCUUUCAUCACAACUGGCCGAGUGUAGAAGCCAGUGAACACAGAGAUAUCGAUGCAAGGGAGGUCAUGACCGAGUGGUCGCGAGCGUACCUGAAUGGGUGGCCGUCCAAUAACUACAUCGAAGCGGCAGAGGCAUCAGAAGAAUGGUGGAACAACACUCGAGUCCAGCAGACUCUGGUACUUGCUGGGGGUGACGAAGCUCUAUUAGAUCCCAUUAAAGCUUGGGUGAACAGGUUCAAAGUUCCUAAUCCUGAUACGACUCUGGUAAUUGGGGAAAGAGAAUGCCAUGUUGCACCUCUGGUCUGGCCGAUGUUUGGUGACUAUCAUGAAACCCAGCAGGCGCGGGCAUUGAAGCAUUGGCUGCUAGAACGAUUAGGCUGA